AUGGAUAUCCUAGAAAAAAUCUAUCAAAACAUUAGGCGACAAUUUAUUAAUUUGCCGAAUACGGUGCCGAAAACUGUUGAUCAACUAAAUAAAUCAGUGUUGAAUUUGAGAUUGCCACCGUUUACUAAAGACAAUGUGCUGUAUUAUUACGUUCCAUUGCAAGGUCUGGUUAGUUACACAACUUUAUCAGUGAGUGUAAUGAACCCACAUUUAAUGGUCAGAUUAUUUCCUCAGAGGGAUGUAACAGAUAUUCUAUUUUUGAGUGCGGGAGGGGGUGCAGGACUAUGGCUUUGGGCAAGACCACAUAUGGCGGCAGCGGCACCAGCACGGCGGUUUUCCUGGGCAUUUCUAGGUGGUUGUUUAUGGCCCUUAGGCUCCAUAUUCUUAUGGGCUAUUUUAAGGAGUUCAGUUGGUAGACGGCCGAUCAUAGGGACAGUAUUAGGAAUCACCACUGCUGCUAUGCUCACUAAUAUUGCUUUAGAUUAUUUCCACUAUGUAGAGCUUAUGUUUUGUGGUGAAGUUCAGCUUCCUGAUGAAACCUAUACACCCAAUAGUGAUGAUGAAAAGUAUGACAUUGAUAUUUAA